CUUUGCUAGAAUAUUCAGAAGUCCGUUGUCUAAAACGCGACCACCCCUGUAAAAAAUGGAUCAGGCCGAAGCGCAGGACUUGUUUUUCUUUCUGUCGCCGUGUAAUCACAGAUCCCUCCGCCAGGGUCGGCAGCUCCCGGAAGAGAGGUUAGGCUCCUGCCGCCGGCCUUGCUGCUCCUUCUUCGUGGUUCCCGGAGCUCAUUUCCGCGAUAUUUCGGGCGAGGGGCGGAUAGAGCCGGUGAAUACGUCGAGUUUACUUCUCCCUUUCCGUUAUUUUCACAGUCUUUAUUCUAUUUAUUUCCGGUAACAGUGACAAAUGUCAACUCCAGCGAGACGGCGCCUUAUGAGAGAUUUUAAAAGGCUUCAAGAGGAUCCCCCCGCAGGAGUGAGUGGCGCCCCCUCCGAAAACAACAUCAUGGUGUGGAAUGCAGUUAUAUUCGGACCAGAAGGAACUCCAUUUGAAGAUGGAACGUUUAAACUCACAAUAGAAUUCACAGAAGAAUAUCCAAAUAAACCACCCACAGUUCGAUUUGUAUCAAAAAUGUUUCAUCCGAAUGUAUAUGCUGAUGGCAGUAUAUGUUUGGACAUUCUUCAGAAUCGUUGGAGUCCAACAUACGAUGUUUCUUCAAUUUUAACGUCUAUACAGUCACUGCUGGAUGAACCAAAUCCAAACAGUCCUGCAAACAGCCAGGCAGCUCAACUGUACCAAGAAAACAAGCGUGAAUACGAGAAAAGGGUUUCCGCAAUAGUGGAACAGAGUUGGCGUGACUGUUGACACUUGCCCUUGUAUAUGAACACUCUGAUCAAGAGGAACCAUUUAUAUAUAUGAAGUGUUUGAGUGAUCUUCCUCUUGCUAGAAUCUUUACAUUUACAUCAACUGAAAAAUGGCUGUUGUGCUGUCACUGACUCCUUUAGCCCCAGCUGAUGCUUUUUUCUUCUUCCCUCCCCCCCCCCCCCCCCCCCCCCAUCCCCCCCACCCUCGGAUACCUGAGAGCAUUCGUGUUGAAAACAAAUGUACUGUACGUGGGUUAUUUGCAAAAGGUUACUAUGUCUGAUCAAUCAUUCACUGUUUUAUCUUUUAUACAAGAGCAUCAACCACCAUCUGUGUCUCUGCUGAAUAAGGACUGACCAGUCUGCCAACAGACAUGGACAAUCGACUAGUAACACUGCUCAUGUGCAUGCUUAGUUUUUUUUUUAUCUUUCAUUAUAUUUUAAGUAAUCUUCACAUCCUGGAUUUGUUGGUUGGGUAAAAUAUUGUUCUCAACUUCAGUGUUCUGUUUCUUUUCCACACUUCAUAGAUCACAAAGAACAGGCAUGUUUGUUCCUUGUUCUUCAAUUAGUGAAAUUUAGGUUUUGGUUUUUUUUUUUCCCCCACCCCUGCAAAAAAAGAACAACUUUAUGUACUUCCCCAUAGGCUGCAGUUUUCAUGCAGCCCUCUUGCACAAAAGCAUUCGUGUUACCAUAGUCUUACAUGGACUUGCUUUAUGCAGCUUGGAGGUGAUCUUAAAGGGAAAAGAUAGAGGGGCUGUCCAUAAUAGCCAAGCGGGUUGCUGCUUUUAUUUUUCAAAGAACCUGAAAAAUAAAGGCGUGAAUCUGAUUUUGACAUUUCCUCUUAUUCUAGUGCAUAUUAAUCUAAUGUGGUUUUACAUCUAAUCAAGUAAUAUACAGAAUGGAAACAAAGUUUCCCGGAGUUAAAGUCCAUGCAAAGUGCAUAAACACAGUCACAUUUGUGAGAGAAUACUUACAUUGAAAUUUAAGGUCUAGUCUCCUUAGUGUGUUAAUAGAGGAUCACCAUGUGUCAGGACCCCACAUCAUAGCAGAUUCAUAGAUCGAGUUUGAGAAUGUACAGAUGACAGAAAAGGGUUUUCAAUUCCUCCAUUUUGUUUUCUAAUGGAAGUUCAGUUUAGUUCUACUAAAAGAGCAAGUUCUGAUGCGUUUUCACUUUCUACAAGUAACCCCAUGUAAAACUGUACAUCAAAAACUUGUAAUAAAAAAAAAAAGUAACCUACCAAUGUCUCCUAUGUUUUGU